CAUCCUUCGUGAAGUUCAGAGCUCUCGUGCGUUUUUGAAUCUGAUUCUAAACCAUGCCACCCAAGGCAAGCGGAAAGGCUGUGAAGAAGGCUGGUAAAGCCCAGAAGAACAUCAGCAAGACCGACAAGAAGAAGAAGAGGAGGAGGAAGGAGAGCUAUGCUAUCUACAUCUACAAAGUCUUGAAGCAAGUCCAUCCUGACACCGGAAUCUCCAGCAAGGCUAUGAGCAUCAUGAACAGCUUCGUCAAUGAUGUCUUCGAACGCAUUGCUGCCGAAGCUUCCCGAUUGGCUCAUUACAACAAGCGAUCGACCAUCACAUCUCGGGAGAUCCAGACUGCUGUGAGGCUUUUGCUACCUGGUGAAUUAGCCAAGCACGCUGUUUCAGAAGGAACCAAGGCAGUCACCAAGUAUACCAGCUCCAAGUAAACGCUUUAGCGUUAUUAGAUUAAACGGCCCUUUUUAGGGCCAACAAUUUUCUCAAUACGUGGAAAAUAUUCUGGUUUCUAGAAUUGAAUUUCUAAGAAUUUUAUAAUAAUAUUAAAUUCCUGAUCCUUGAUAAGAAUAUUUAAUUAAAAUUUCGUUAUUGUGUUAAAAAACAAAAAUGGCUUGCUGGUCAUCUUUAACUUAUAAAAAACAAACAGAAUGUUCAGAUUUUUGUGAGCACUCUUAGCUUGAACGGAGUCUUACCUACAAACUACGGAUAUGAAAUGGAUUAUUUGCGUUAUU